GGCUCCCUAGAGGAACGUAUUCGGGCUCAGUGCGACUUUCAUAGAAGUCUUGCCAUUGCCAAGGCGAGGCGCAGCCUAUUUAAGACAAUCACAUGAUUUCAUUGGGAGUCAAAAUGGUCCGCGGGGGUCACUGGGUAGAGAGAGAGAGGGAGACAGAGUGAGAGAGAAAGAGGGAGAGGAAAAAAAACUUGGAUUGUAGUCGUGCUGUCUGAGUGUGGGGAAAAAGGGAAAAUGACUUGCCGGGAGAGAGGACUGGAGUUCAAGCAAUUUACCGCGUCUGGAUACUGCGCUUGGAAAUGAAUGGAGACCCAGGUGGAUAAAAUGAAGAAGGCUGCACCCAAAACUUGUUGAUGCUCCGUUCAUCACGAGGGGACUGCUGUAUUUGUUAAAUAGUUUGUCUUAUUAUUAUUAUUAUUUUAUUUUAUUUUAUUUUUUGAAACAGCGUUUGGUUCUGCUGGAAAGGAUCAUUUACGCGUCAGCUUUUGCGGUAAAAUUGACCCACAGACAUGGCUUUUUUGUGGAAAAUGUGGACCCGGUCGCUGCUCUUUCUUCACCUCCUUUGCCUUUUCCCUAUGAGCAAAACCGCACGUCUGAAUAAUGGUGCUGAGAAUCCCGAAUAUAACCAAGGCACAUCGGCAUUGCUCCGAUCUCUGAAUUUACCUCAACACACAGAAUAUGAGAUUGUAUCUCCGUAUGAGGUCAACCACCAAGGCGAUUACGUAUCACAUGAAAUUGCACACCAUCAGCGCAGGAGGCGACGCAGGUCCCUGACCCCAGAUGCAGGCUCAUCAGACAGCAGCAGCGAAACAGUCCACUUCCGGCUGAGAGGCUUGGGGCAGGACUUCCACAUGGAGCUGAGGGAGGCCUCGGAGAGCCUGAUUGCACCUGGCUUCACCGUCCAGCUCCUGGGAAAGAACGGCACCAAGAGCCUGAGGGCCUACUACCCGGACGACCUCUGCUUUUACCAGGGGUCGCUGAGGUCGAGGGUCAACUCUUCCGUGGCACUGUCCACAUGCAUGGGAAUGUCAGGUUUGAUCCGAACACAGGAUGGAGACUUUUUCCUGAGACCCGUCUCACGCAACCUUGCGCAAAAAGAGAACUUCACAGCACCUAUAAGUCACCUGCCGCACAUACUUUACAAGAGUGUGAGCUUCUCCCGGACAGAGCAGAAUGGGCAUGAGCCUCGGGCGCUUCAGAAGAGAUCCACGGAUUCAGCUCAUCGCAAAUCACGGGAAGCCUCCGUCAAAGUGACGGAAUCCCCCUACAACACUAUCAAUGAAGAUCUGUACGCGGGCGUGCAAAACCAGCAAAGUGGCAACAAUCACAGAGACCAGACGAAGCAUCAUGAAAAAGGACAUAACCACCAUCAUGACAGCGACCACAGACACGGGGAGAAGCAGAGGCAGCACUUCUGUGGGAGAAGGAAGAAAUAUAUGCCCAAACCUCCAGAAGAGGAUAUUUUUAUCCUACCAGAUGAAUACAAGUUUAUCCCCAGGAACAAAAGGGCAGUGCUGAUGACGAAUCAAGCUAAUCAGAAGCUCAAUGUGGAGACACUGGUGGUGGUGGACAGAAAGAUGAUGGACAACCACGGUCAUGAGAAUAUAACCACAUAUGUUCUUACUGUCCUGAACAUGGUCUCCAGCCUGUUCAAAGAUGGUACAAUAGGGGGAAACAUCAACAUUGUGAUUGUGGGCCUUGUCCUUCUGGAUGAAGAGCAGGAGGGCUUGGUGAUCAACCACCAUGCAGAUCACACACUGAACAGCUUCUGCCACUGGCAGUCCACCAUGGGAGGCAGAGAGGGUCGACACCACGACCACGCCAUCCUCCUCACAGGACUCGACAUCUGCUCCUGGAAGAAUGAACCCUGCGAUACUCUUGGUUUUGCUCCGAUUAGCGGGAUGUGCAGCAAGUACAGGAGCUGUACCGUUAAUGAAGACACCGGUCUCGGCCUGGCAUUCACUAUCGCCCAUGAAUCCGGACACAACUUUGGAAUGGUCCACGAUGGCGAGGGGAACGUUUGUAAGAAGUCAGAGGGCAACAUCAUGUCUCCCACGUUAGCGGGUCACAACGGGAUCUUCUCUUGGUCCGACUGCAGUCGCCAGUACCUCAGCCGCUUCCUCAAUUCUGCCCAGGCUCUGUGCCUAUCAGAUGAACCCAGGGCAGUCAAGGAGUAUCGCUACCCCGAGAAGCUUCCUGGCGAGCUGUACGAUGCUGACACACAGUGCAAAUGGCAGUUUGGGGAGAAGGCCAAACUCUGCACCCUCGAUUUUAAGAAGGAUAUCUGCAAGGCUCUGUGGUGCCACCGCGUUGGGAGGAAGUGUGAGACCAAAUUCAUGCCAGCAGCUGAAGGCUCUGCCUGUGGCCCAGAUAUGUGGUGUCGCCGGGGCCAGUGCGUGAAGCAAGGAGACGAGGGCCCGAGGCCUCAGCAAGGCCACUGGUCGGAGUGGUCGUCCUGGUCGGCCUGCUCUCGGAGCUGCGAGAGCGGGGUCACCUACCGGGAGAGACAGUGCAACAACCCCAGGCCCACGUAUGGAGGGAAGUUCUGCGAGGGCUCCUCCAGGUCCUACAAACUUUGUAACACAGAGGAUUGUCCCCCCAACACCGUUGACUACAGAGCGCAACAGUGCGCUGAAUUCAACAGCAAACAGUUCAGGGGGUGGCACUACACAUGGAGACCAUACACCAGAGUGGACGAUCAAGAUGUAUGCAAGCUCUAUUGCCUUGCUGAAGGCUAUGAUUUCUUCUUUGCGCUGGCCAGCAAAGUAAAAGAUGGGACAUUGUGCUCACAGGACAGCUCUAAUGUCUGUAUUGACGGGUUGUGUGAGAGAGUGGGCUGUGACCGUGUUUUGGGCUCCACAGCUGUGCCAGAUGCUUGUGGGGUGUGUAAAGGAGACAACUCCACCUGCAAGAUCUACAAAGGACAGUACACAAAGCAGCAUUUCACCAAUCAGUAUUAUGGGGUGGUGACCAUCCCAGCAGGAGCUCGGAGUAUCCGUGUGAUGGAACUGAAUACGUCCAGCUCCUACCUGGCUGUGAGGGACAGCCAGAGACGCUACUACCUUAACGGCCACUGGACGGUUGACUGGCCGGGCCGACACCCCAUCGCUGGAACCAUUUUUGAGUACAAGAGACCAUAUAACAGACCAGAGAGCCUCGUAUCAGCCGGCCCCACCAAUGAGACACUUGUCAUAGAGGUAUUGCUCCAGGGUUGGAAUCCGGGUGUGCGCUGGGAAUAUACUUUAAAGAAAGCUGAUGAGAAGCUGGUGAAGAAUCACAUCAAACACAAUUACACAUGGGCCUUAAUACGCUCCCAGUGCUCAGCGACUUGUGCCGGAGGUCAAAUGAACACCAAGGCAGCGUGCUACAAAGACCUGAGAGUGCAGGUGAACAUGUCAUACUGCAAUCCCAGAUCAAGACCGGCUACUGGAAUGAUACCCUGCAACACCCAACCAUGUCCUGCCAGCUGGUCUGCAGGGGAGUGGGGGGCGUGCGGCCGGAGCUGCGGAGGAGGGGAGCAGACGCGGCAGGUCCAGUGCGUCCAGAAAACCAGCCAGACCGGCGCAGACGACCUGGCCGACUCUCGCUGUUCCCGGCCCGCCCCAGCCAGGAGGCAGGCCUGCAACACGCACAGCUGUCCGCCGGUGUGGACGGCAGGGCCAUGGUCACAGUGCUCACGUAAGUGCGGCAACGGCGUGAAGAAGAGGACUGUGCUGUGCACGAGCACCAACCCUGGCGCUCAGACGCAGACGCUGGCAGACAGCUUGUGUGCGGGUUUGCCGAAACCUGCCGGUCAGGAGUCCUGCUUCCUGAAGCGCUGCCAGAAACAACGCAAGGUCCAGUGGUUUGUCUCUACGUGGCAGGAGUGCUCGGUGACUUGCGGCCGUGGCCAUCAAGCGCGUUUCAUAAAGUGUGCAGAGAAGGACACCGCAGGGAAGUACAGAGAGCUCGCAGCCAAGAAGUGCCACCACGUCCCCAAGCCCACGGUGGAGCUCCAGAGGCCCUGCAUCCUGGCCGAGUGUCCGGUCCGCACGACCCCACCAGUCCACCGGUGGAGGGCGCAUCACCGCACGUAUCCGCCGCCUCAGCCCCUCCCUUCGUCUCGACCCGAAUGGCACUUAUCUCCUUGGUCUCAGUGCACGGUGACAUGUGGAGGGGGGGUGCAGGCCCGGGCGGUGCAGUGUCUGGUCCAGGGGAAACCUUCUCCAGGUUGCACCCUUCACCUCAAACCGGCCAUGUCGCAGGCCUGCAACACCAACUUCUGCCCACAGCCCGAGAAGAAAGACGUCGCGUGCAGAGAUUACUUCAACUGGUGUUACCUGGUUCCCCAGCACGGAGUCUGCAACCACAAGUUCUACGGCAAGCAGUGCUGCCAGUCCUGUUCCAAUUCAAACCUAUAAUCUCACGAAGUGACUCAGUCUGUGAUGCAGGCAGACAGGUAGUUAGAUAGUCAAAAAGACUAUAUUUGGUGUCCAUGCUUGAAAAGACGUGUUUUUGUUUUAACGCGCGCGGCGAGCACUGAGAAGCGAAGCACAUUUCAAUGGAAGCGCAAGAGAGCUGCAGUUAGCCCUUUCUCCUCCCCGCGAUGCCGGACAUCUGGAUAUAAGAACUCGAUGCUGACAGCACCACACAAGAAUGUGAUCGGGAAAGAACAAAUAAAGAGAGAGAGAGAAAUGAGAGAAUUAUGAGGAGGAAUGAGCAAAAUUGGAAUGGUGAUUAGAGCGAAUGGGCUGACAUCUCUAUAAGAAACUGAAAACCUGAAAAUUCCCAGCUUUGUUUAUAUACUGUAACCGAACAGAUCUGUACCCAGGACACCCUGUAUCUCUCCCGGAGGCCAGCGAUGGCAAACCGGGAGGAAACUGAGAAGAGCUGACGAGGUUUCAAGCACAGGCCGCGCAAAAAAACACGUGAUACGCCCCGUUUUGCGCUGCGGCUCUCGAUCGGUUGGAAAUCCGGGGGUCUGAGAAUGAAAAGGGACGUAUCAAAGAAGCAGUUAGGUAAAUUAAAUUUUACCCCGAGCUUGAAAGAAAAAAAAAACAACACAAAAAAACAAACAAAAAACAGGCCAAUCAACGUGGGUUUCCUCAAUAGCUGGAUAAUAACAGACCACUCUGUGAUGUGAUAGACAAAAAAACAAACAAAAGGAAACUCAUCAGGAGCACCACGCAUGAGAUAACUAUUCUGAGAAGGGACAAAGCUGUGUGAACUGGUUUCCACGCCCGACGGUGCUACUAAGACGUGCCGUCGAUUUCAACGAAUCAAGGUUGGCGUCCUCAAGUUUCAGGAAAGAACAAACGUUUGACCCGUGUACAGUAAUUGUUUUGUUUUAUUUAUUGGCUUUUCAAUACAGCAUUGCUGGAAGACUGUAUUAAUAAGCAGUAUAAAUGUGUCCUUUUUAUUACUCUACCCCGUUACCUUACACUUUUGUAUUAUGUUUCAUUACAUGCUGACGAACCCCACCUUUUUUUUAUGCAAAAUGUGCCUUUUCACUUUAAGGAAAAAAAAAAAAAAAGAAAAGUAUGAGCAUGGCCCAUAUUUUACUGUCAUCCAUUAUUAUACGAAGCAGUCGUGCAUUGCUUGCAUUGAUAUGGAAAGAAAACUGCAUUACAUUUUAUGGUUUAAAAGCACUGACAGAUUUUUUUUUUUUUUUUUUUGAACAACUGUGUGCCAUGACAGCUCCUUAGCUGUAGCAUGAGUCUUGAUUUUAUUCCUUUUAGCUUAAUUCUGACUGAAUUUCAACUUCCAGGGCUGGGCAGGGGGGGUGAAACUUUAAACGCUAAAUGGAUUCUUGCAAAGUGGAAAAAGGCUCGGGAAGGAAACGUGAUCUGUAUUUUUGGCAUACAUCUUCAAAUGGUGCUGCCAUCAUGCCCUGAGAGAGGAUUGACCUUUCAGCAUAGUAUUAACAUGGCUGUCGUUAUUGUUAACAUGUUUUUUUUUUUUUUUUUUUAACCUCCUCGAGAACAGGGGCUGGACUGUUGUUUUGCAUAUCUGUGACUUUAAUACACAGCUUUGUACCUUUCCCGAUUUAACAGCUGUAAUGUCCAUUUGUAAAUUUAAACGUAUCUUAACUCCA